AGUAAAGGGGGACUAACCUGAUCAGCAGCGGUGACGCAAGGACCUUGAUUGACAUGCCGGCUGGCCAAUGGGCUGCGGGCUCCCGGAUGAUUGACAGCCUGGGGGAUCCGGGAAGCGGGCCAUUGACUUAUCAGGGUUAGUGUAAGGCGCAGUGGACCGCAGUCAGCGAUUGCAUUGAAUGGGAGUUAGUGGUGCUGUUGCUACUGCUGCCGCCGCCGCUGACAUUACUCAGAUUGCAGCCACGUAAGUAAUAGACAGGCAGCGGAAAGGAAGAGGAAAAAGAAAUCAUGUCUUAUGUCGGCUGUUGCUAAAAGGGAUCGGCCCCGUUCUAUCGGGCAUCCCUUUAUCUAGUGCAAAAAAAAAUUUGCAGAUAUUUUUCUUUCCGGGACAUUUUUGAUUUGCAAAACAAAAAAAAAUUCCAAAAACAAAGCAACGUUCUGCAUCCCAAGGUCGUCAUCUCCGCAACUGUGCAGUUGCAAAGGCAUCUGGAGUUUAUCAGUUUCAUCGCUGUGCUUGGGGGCAUUAAGACUGUUCGGUGGGAACACGAUACCAUUGAUCUCUUUUGUCCUUGACUGUUAUAUUUUUAAAAUUAUAUACGCACAUCUCAUAGGUGCUUGCCAAUAUUGGAAAGCACUCGCCAGCCAAAGACUUUUUUUUCUCUUUCUCUCUCAUGAGUGCGUACGUGCAAAAUAAAUCUCCUUGAAAGUUGUACUUGGACGUUGCAAAGCAGAUGACGAGAGGGUGAAUGCCGUACUCUUGUUUGAUGAUAGUUUGAGGCGAUUUUGUUUCAGCUGCAAAGAGAGAAAGACGGCUACAGAGGGAAUUGGACGCCAUCUAGAGUCGGAGGCUGAGGAACUGAGUGGGUUCCCCUGAGUCGAUCGUCACCUGGUUGGCUUGUGUAUGUAAGCCACUCUCUCUCUCAGUCAUUCACUCGUUGCGGCGCAUACCCUUCCGUAACCACAGGAACAAAACGCAUUGUGAACUGGCGUUCCACUUUCCACUUCGACAAAAAUCAGGGCUCUGAUUGCAUUGGGCUGCUCGCUCUCUAACAGCUGCAUUUGUAUGACCUACCCGAAUCAUCUAUGCAAAAGACAAAAGCUGUAGCAAUAAACACACAGUCUGCAUUAUUCCUACAAAUGGUGCUCGUUUUAAAAUAAAGAACUCAUUUUACUGCUGCUGGAGGAACACGCAAAAAAAAGAGCUGGACCUACAAGUCUCGACCAAAGUGCAAAAGAGACGCUUCUACAGUUUGUGGAGUUCAUUUUUAAAUCCUUUUUAAACUACUGUCAACAAACGUGGACGCUUGUCAGUAAAACCCUUUUGUUUAACAGGACCACUAUUUACAGCCACAUGAACAUACAGCGAUCCAGUCCAAUCAGCAUUGUAAGGUAUGGACGGUCGAGACAUAAGAGUCAUCACGAAUAUGAAGAAUUGUCUUGUGUGAGGACUAGUGACUGCAGCCAAAGUUUCAGCCCGAACCUAGGCUCACCCAGCCCACCUGAAACUCCGAACUCUUCUCAUUGCAUUUCUCAAAUCGGACAGUAUCUAUUGUUGGAGCCUUUAGAGGGUGACCACGUGCUUGGGGCAGUGCAUUUGCAUAGCGGCGAGGAGCUCGUUUGUAAGGUAUUCGACGUUAGCCGAUAUCAAGAAACAUUAGCAGCUUAUUUUUAUCUGUCUGCCCACGAAAGCAUCAACCAGAUAACAGAAAUUUUGCUGGGGGAGCAGCGAUCGUAUGUUUUCUUUGAGAAGAGUCAUGGGGAUAUGCAUUCAUUUGUACGCACUUGCAAAAGGCUCAGGGAGGACGAGGCAGCCAGACUGUUCCACCAGAUAGCCUCUGCUGUAGCGCACUGCCAUGACAAUGGUGUGGUCCUGCGAGAUCUCAAACUAAGGAAAUUCGUAUUUAAAGACGAGGAACGGACACAAGUGAAGUUGGAAAGUUUGGAGGAUGCUUAUAUCUUGAAUGGCGAAGUUGAUGCACUCUCUGACAAACAUGGAUGUCCAGCGUAUGUGAGCCCUGAGAUCCUUAACACCAAUGGCAGCUACUCUGGUAAGGCAGCUGAUGUUUGGAGUCUUGGUGUAAUGCUGUACACGAUGCUGGUUGGACGGUAUCCCUUUCAUGAUGUGGAACCAAGUUCACUCUUCAGCAAGAUUCGACGUGGCCAGUUUAACAUUCCAGAAACUCUUUCCCCACGGGCUAAAUGCCUUAUCCGUAGCAUUUUGCGUCGUGAGCCUUUGGAAAGGCUGACAUCCCGGGAAAUCUUGGACCAUCCCUGGUUUGCCUCUGAUUUUGCAGCUUCUAGUUCCGGAUAUGGUGCUAAUGAAAAAGAAGCAGCUGAUCAGUUGGUACCUGAUGUGAAUAUGGAUGUUGACUUGGACCCCUUUUUCAACUGAGUUUGCUCACAGUUUGAGUGUUGUCGAGAAGAUAUUAACAGCUGGUACCCACCACGUGGAAUCCUUCCAGAACUGAUAAAUGGUACCUCGAAUCGACCUAGCUUGGAAGCAAAAAUGGUGCAGAUGUACAGUGACUUAAAAUGACUGAGAAGAGUGGGAUGUUUCAGGGUUGACAUGUAGCACAACACAUUGGGUGGUUCUGCUAUCAAGUUAGAUUGAUUUGGGAGGAAAAGGCAGUGUAAAAUGUUGCAGUUUCUCAUCUCAUGGAGCCACAGAGAGGGCUGAAUACUGCACCCAUGCAUAAUUGUGCAGUUCAUCACUCAUUUUAUGAUGGUUACAAAUCACAAAUAGAAACUUAAUUAGCCUCGACACAAUGUAACACAUUGGCAUCGCACUGUUAAUUAUUUUCCUUCUCUCAUUAUUCAGGGAACGUACAAUCCUCCUAUAAGAGUCUCCUAAAUUUGUUUCUGAUGUUUAAACAUUUUAUUCAAUGUGUUUCAUUAAAAAAUAAUUAGGUGCACACACACCGACAUAAAAUGCGGGUGCUAAAGGAAAUGCUUGUGUUUAUAUGUAGCUACUUUCAUUAUCUUGUGUAUUUUUUUUUCUUUCUGAAUAAACUUAAUAUUGUCAGAAGCAGAGCAUUUUUAGUGCUCUGUUCCCUAAGAGGGAAUAACUCAUCUGUUGUGUGUACAGUACUUCAGUGCAGAUUGGCAGGAGCUAUUGAAAUGAAAUGUCAUGUAAUUUCGCUGGAAGGGAAGUCCUUAUUGGCAAACAUUCAGGGUUUGAAAUAUAUCUACUGGAACCAUUGUAUUAAUGCAGAGAAAAUGUGUAUUACCCAAUAUUACCAAUAGUACAAUCUUUACUGAUUUGGUAGUUUGUUUAUUUUGGACUUCAGUAUUCUAAAACAGUGUUAAGAUGUAUUUUGUAUUUUACCUUUUUUGUUUUCACUGGUCAUCGGUCCGAUCUCUGUUGAAGCAUGGUGCUGUAAAUGGUAUGGCAAUUAAGUUGAACGAUCAUAUCCCAGAUUUCUUUUUAACCUAAUCUUCUUGAAACCAAUUAAAUUAUUCCUUUUUUUUUCUUUGAAAAGUGCCCGCAUUCCUGCUGAAAUGGUAACAGCUACAUAUAUUGUCAGUGUUAUAAAUAUGAAGUAGUAGCUCUUUGUUCUUGAAAGAAAGACUUUGUGAAUACAUUUAGCUACUUUUCAGCUGUGAUCUGUUGCACUGUUUGCAAUAUUUGUGAGAUUGUAUAUUUAAUUAGACUACUUGCCUACCUGUUACAAACACAGGACUUCUUACACAUGUAAGACUUAAAAGGAAUAGUUGUGCAAAUAAUAAGCACUCUCAAAUCAGUAAUAUUGCAAUAUAAAUAAGCUUUGAGUUAGCACACAAGUGAAUGACAAAAUGGUUAGUUCUGUUUUAUGGCAAAAUGGUUAGUUCUGUUUAAUGUUCUGUUUUAUGGCUUAGUGCUAUACAGGUUAAUUCUAAAAUGAAGGCCUGGAAUAUUCAGUCUGUUCCUGACAAUGCAGGUUUCUAAAAAAUAAAGUAUACUUUUUGCAUUAAAAGUAAAUGGUCUGGAAAAAUAACAGGAACAAAUGGCAAUUGUUCCUAAUUUUUAUUUCCUUCGUACUUUUGAAGGUUCUGCUUCCACCAGGCACCCUAGCCAGUGUCUGAAAAUAUUUAUGGUGCCUGGACUGACUGACCACGAAUAUCUGCCAUUAUUUUGAAUCUACUUGUUUUGUAGGCUCCUUUUUGUAAUGAACCUGGUGCAGUUUGAUUGCAUGCAUAAAGCAUUAGUUGUUCAUUUGCACAACUUCCUUUUGAAUUAGUUGUGGAGGCAUUAGGCAUUUAGAUUAAACUUGGUUGUAUGGUUCAGCAAAGUAAUUUGAAUAAUAGUUUAGUAAUUGACUGGUUUUAUUGCCCUUGAUUAAAUAAAGCAUAAAUAUGACUUUUUAAUGAGGAAUUCUAUUCAAUGCAAGCACAUUUUAUGGAUUCUAUUUGUAAAAUGAUUGAACAUAGACAAAUCUGUGUACAGUAUGUAUCUCAAACCCUGAAUAAGUUGUACUUUUUAAUUUUAACUUGUCAAAUUACUUUUUCUGCUUUCAAAUUGCUAUAGAUUAGAAAUUUCUUACCUUGCAUACCUUUUUUUUCCUGUGUUGUCUCCAGUACCUUGAUUGUUUGAUUACUGCCUGUACCAGUUCUGUGAAAUGGUCAUGUUCUUGGGUAGGUAUAUGUGGACUCUGUAGUACGUAUCUGUUAACUUGAAUUUGUGCUUUUAUAGUCUGUUGCAUGUACGUACAGCUACUUGACCUAUUUGGCUUAUGGAUGCUAUUGCCUGCGUUUCAGGAGAGCUUGUAUAUGCCAAUUCAGAACACAAAGAGGAUGGUUAGUUAAAGUUCUCAUGGGGUGGGUGGGGUAGGGAUGUGGGGAAAGCUGCAGCUGAUUUGCCAAGUUUUAAUUUAAAAUUUAUCAAAAAUCACGAUUAAAAAAGGGAGUGAAUUCAUAUUCACUCUGUGGAUGGUGCUGUGUUGAGAGGGACUACUCGUCUUUUUGUUUCAGUGUAAAGUGGAAGGGGAACAGAGGAGACUGCAUGGUGGGUUUUACUGCCUCUGGUGUUUGUAUUGUAUUUGGUUUGAUGUUUUGUCCUGAUCUUCUCCUUCAGUAAAUAAAUUGUGAAUUGCACAACUAA